AUUGCAAUUACGGAAGAUAGACACCCGGUCGGUUCUACCUUCUGCCAUGGCUCAGUUUGGAGGACAGAAAAAUCCCCCUUGGGCUACUCAGUUUACAGCCACGGCGGUGUCUCAGCCAGGUCAGUUUACACUCGGUCCACAGCCACAGUCCCUGCUGCAGGCACAGAUCUCUGCAGCCUCCAUCACACCCCUGCUCCAGACACAGCCUCAGCCGCUGCUGCAGCAGCCACAGCAGAAAGGUGGUUUGCUGCAGCCCCCAGUCCGUCUGGUUUCGCAGCCACAGCCAGCCCGAAGACUCGACCCACCAUCCCGAUUUUCUGGCAGGAAUGACCGAGGUGGAGACCCCAUGCCAAACCGAAAGGAUGACAGGAGCUGUGCUAGAAAUCCCUUUGUGUUNCUGCCCGAACUGCGGCCGGCUAAAGGACCCAGGAGGAAAGGAGAAUGGCAAAUGGUGAACAUCGCAAGAGAAGAUAAAAGGAAAGAUGAUUCUAAAGAGGAAGAAGAAACAGAAGAGGACAAUAAUCAAGAAGAAUAUGAUCCAAUGGAGGCAGAAGAGGCUGAAGAUGAAGAUGAAGAUCGGGACGAAGAGGAAAUGAACAAACGGGAGGACAGAAAAGAGGGAAAUAAACAUUGCAAAGAGAGGGCAUCCAAAGAUAAAGAGAAAGACAAGACCCAGAUGGUGACUGUUAACAGGGAUCUGCUGAUGGCUUUUGUUUAUUUUGAUCAAAGUCAUUGUGGAUACCUGCUGGAGAAGGACAUGGAGGAGAUCCUGUACACUCUUGGACUUCACCUGUCACGUGCUCAGGUCAAGAAGCUGCUCAAUAAAGUAGUGCUUCGAGAAUCUUGCUUUUACAGAAGACUAACAGACACUUCUAAAGAUGAGGAAAACCAAGAGGAGUCUCAAGAGCUACAGGAAGAUAUGCUAGGUGGUAUUUUCUUUUCCCCACAAACUUCCAGAGAGUUAUUUCUUUGUGAUAAUGAGAGUUCUGAGGAUGGCAUUGUGGUUAUUGAGGGUAGGGCAGCAGUGUCUGAGGUUACUCUCUGGCCUGACCCUGAGGCUAUUGAGGAUGGACCAGCACUGAGGUGUCUGGGGUUACUCUCUAGAAUGANCGUGCAGUUCUCCAAGUUCUCCCUGGACUGCCGUAGCUGUGAUAUGAUGGAGCUGAGGAGGCGUUACCAGAACCUGUACAUCCCCAGCGACUUCUUUGAUGCUCAGUUCACGUGGGUGGAUGCUUUCCCUAUGUCUAGACCCUUUCAGCUGGGAAACUACUGCAAUUUCUACGUAAUGCAUAGAGAAGUAGAUCCUAUAGAUAAGAACGCUGCUGUCCUCGAUCCACCUGAUGCUGAUCAUCUCUACAGUGCUAAGGUGAUGCUGAUGGCCAGUCCCAGCAUGGAGGAUCUCUACCACAAGUCCUGUGCUCUGGCUGAGGAUCCCCAGGAGCUUCGGGAUGGAUUUCAGCAUCCUGCUAGACUUGUAAAGUUUUUAGUGGGUAUGAAAGGCAAAGAUGAAGCUAUGGCUAUUGGAGGCCACUGGUCCCCCUCACUGGACGGGCCUGACCCAGAAAAGGACCCCUCGGUGCUGAUAAAGACGGCAAUUCGCUGUUGCAAGGCUCUUACAGGGAUUGACUUAAGUGUGUGCACGCAAUGGUACCGUUUUGCAGAGAUUCGCUACCAUCGCCCUGAGGAGACCCACAAGGGGCGUACGGUUCCAGCUCAUGUGGAGACAGUGGUUUUAUUUUUCCCGGAUGUUUGGCAUUGCCUUCCCACCCGCUCAGAGUGGGAAACCCUCUCCCGAGGAUACAAGCAGCAGCUGGUCGAGAAGCUUCAGGGUGAACGCAAGGAGGCUGAUGGAGAACAGGAUGAAGAGGAAAAGGAUGAUGGGGAAGCUAAAGAGAUCUCUACGCCUACACACUGGUCUAAACUGGAUCCAAAAACAAUGAAGGUGAAUGACCUUCGCAAAGAGUUAGAGAGUCGAACCCUCAGCUCCAAGGGCCUGAAAUCCCAGCUGAUAGCUCGGCUGACAAAGCAGCUCAAAGUAGAGGAGCAAAAAGAAGAGCAAAAGGAGCUAGAGAAGUCUGAGAAAGAAGAGGAAGAGGAGGAGGAUAGGAAAUCUGAAGAUGAUAAAGAGGGAACCGGCUGCUGCUGCCCUCCCCCACGGUGAAGCAGGAGUGCAAGGCCGUGGAGGAGAACGUGGGGCUCAUCGUGUACAACGGGGCCAUGGUGGACGUGGGCAGCCUCCUGCAGAAGCUGGAGAAGAGCGAAAGGGUGCGGGCAGAGAUUGAGCAAAAGCUGCAGCUGCUGGAGGAAAAAACAGAUGAGGAUGAGAAAACUAUUCUACAACUGGAGAAUUCUAACAAAAGUCUCUCUGCGGAGCUGAAAGAAGUGAAAAAGGACCUUGGCCAACUGCAAGAAAAUUUGAAGACCUCAGAUGAUAAAAAAUUGCAAUUUGAGGGUCAGCUGAAUAAGACAAUCAAAAAUUUAGCUACUGUUAUGGAUGAAAUACAGAGUGUUCUCAAACAGGAUGUGGUGAAGAACGAAGAUAAAGAUCAGAAAUCCAAAGAGAACGGAGCAAACGUAUGAUAAACUGCUGCUGUUAGAAGAAUGGUGUUACAUAAUGUAAUAUAAAUCAUGAUACCAGAAUGUAUGGGAAGUGAUGCAUGUUUGAUUUUAGUAGUAUAAAUAUCUUAGUUCCAAAAGAUGUAUAAAGUUUUAUGAAUGUGUCUGCUCCAGAAGAUUGCUUGUAAUUCUUAGCAUUCAAGUUGAGACACUCCUCGAGUGAAAAUAAUUUUGCAUUGCGAAAAGUUUUAGGAUGAACUUUGUUAUAGUUUUAACCCUAAUAAAGUUCAUCAAGGUAACAAACAGUAGCAAGUAUUUAAUUACCAAAUGUUUUUCAUUGAAGUCUAGUGAAAUCAAAUUUUUCAUUAUUUAUAGACUUGCCAUUUUUCGGUUUUUGUCUUUAUUUCGGUCUAAUUAGUCUUUUUAAAUUCAAAUAUAAAUCACAAAGUAGCAUGCUGCUUAAUUUUACAAGUAAAGUUUUUUUUAAAAAACAGCUUCUUGGAUUUUUUUUUUUUUUUUGUGUUUCACUUGUCACAACUUUUUUUCCCUUCCAAAUAUACCUUUCUUUCCCAAAGCUGCUGUAUUAAAGCCUUGUAAUAAUACAGCAGUUUGGAUGAGUUAAGAAAGCAAUAGAAACCUACCAAAAUACUGGUAGAGUUGUGAGAUUUAUAUGGAAAUACACGGGCCUGGUUUAAAUGUGUUUCAUUUGUGUUCACUAAAUUGUUCUUACCUUUGGAUUCAUAUAACUACUCCUUUUGAAUAACAACUGCAGUCUGUUAGGAUGCACAGCUGGAUGCCAGGCCAGCAGAUGUGAAUAAUGCCUUACCUGGAGAAAAGCUGCCAGUGUCAGCUGCCUUGGGUUUUAAAUUUGGACUGCCAGGGUGGGUGAUGGCUGCUGGGACUGCAGUCCAACCACAGCUGGAUCCACAAGGGAAUUGCAGAGCAGCAGGACACAGCUGGUUUGUUGGGAAGGGGUGAGGGGCCUUUCUUUGUGCUCACACAUGGCCAGAGAUGGAAACUCACAGGUUUGUGUGACUUCCUUGGCAAAGGCAACUUACUCAAUGUGAAAGAGCAACACUUGUAUUUUGGUGCAACUUUCAGGAAAAUUUAGGGGUUUGAAAGUUGGGACAGAAGUGUUUUCUUACAGAAAUGGUUAAUUUUAGCAGAUGUUUUCUUUUUUAGCCUAGAUGUCCUAGGUAACUAAAUACCUGUUAGGAAAGUCCAAGUGCCAUAAUAUGUAUGAAUAACCUACAUGGAAACUCAUGUAGCUUUAAUGAGAUACACAUUAAAAUGCCUGAAUUUAUGUUCAAAAGA